CGUGUCAGUCUCAAUAAUACAAUAAUAAUUAAUUCUUGAGAAAAUCAGAAAAUCAGAAAUGGGCGCGAGAAGUUUGGGGCUGUGGUGGUCGCCGCCGGCCUCCUGGUGCCACCGCUCUCCGCUUCCGUAUAUUACUACUUCAUGUGCUACUAAUGUGCCCAAAAAACCAAUCCUUAAUUUCGUCAAUGACAAACCAAAACCCCAUUUCUCUUUCCAUUCUUACCCAGAAAACGUCUCCACUCGUCGACGACGAAGACGACGCCCAAUCUCCAUUUUCAACUGUACCACUUCUUCUUCUACUCAACUCCAACAACAACAAGAAGACGAUGGAGAAGAAGAAGAAGAAGAACAAGACGAAGGCGAAUUAUCAUCCUCGAAUGUUGAUUGCGUGGGGACAGGCCUGGACGUGGAGUGCCUAGUCGAACAAGAAGCAGAAGAAGCGAAAUCAUGGUUCUCAGAUUCGUCAUGGUUGGAAUGGGCGGUGGUGGUGUCGCCUUUCUUCUUCUGGGGAACGGCGAUGGUGGCCAUGAAGGAGGUCAUUCCGAAGGCGGGCCCUUUCGCCGUCGCCACCUUCCGCCUCGUCCCUGCCGGUCUCCUCCUCAUCGCUUUCGCCGCCUCCCGCGGCCGUCCCUUCCCCUCCGGAGGCCGCGCGUGGCUCUCAAUCGCACUCUUUGCCCUCGUCGACGCCGCCUGCUUUCAGGGCUUUCUCGCUCAGGGCCUCCAGCGGACCUCCGCCGGUUUGGGCAGCGUGAUAAUUGAUUCGCAGCCGUUGACAGUGGCUGUACUGGCGGCGUUGCUGUUUGGGGAAUCCAUUGGUGUUGUUGGAGCUGCGGGCCUUGUGCUUGGUGUCCUCGGACUUUUGCUUCUCGAGGCACCUGCACUUAAUCUCGAUGAAAGUAACUUUUCAUUAUGGGGAAGCGGAGAGUGGUGGAUGCUUCUUGCAGCUCAGAGCAUGGCUGUUGGCACCGUCAUGGUUCGCUGGGUGUCUAAGUACUCUGAUCCUGUCAUGGCAACUGGAUGGCAUAUGGUUCUUGGUGGUUUGCCUCUCCUUGGUGUUUCCAUUCUUAAUCAUGAUAAUGCUGUUAGCGGGAAUCUUGGUGAUUUUACGACAAGCGAUUUGCUGGCGCUUUUGUAUACCUCUAUUUUUGGAAGUGCCAUUAGCUAUGGUGUAUAUUUCUACAGUGCAACUAAAGGCAGCCUGACUAAGCUCAGCUCCCUUACAUUUCUAACCCCAAUGUUUGCUUCAGUAUUUGGGUUCUUAUAUUUUGGUGAGACUUUCUCACCGUUGCAAUUGACUGGCGCCGUUAUCACUGUGAUUGCAAUAUACAUGGUGAACUACAGGAGUAGUGUGGAAUAAUACUAUAUGAAUAUAGUCCAUAGAAAUGCAUUUAGCAGAGAACAGAAGAAUAUGGAAGCUGGUUGGAUCACUCAUCGGCUUGACUGCAGAUUCGGUUUGCAUAGAUGCAAGCCAAUUGGAGAUUCGUAUUAUGCAUCUACUGAUCCAAUCGUAUAUGGUCAUCUUCAAGCCUAACAACAAUUGGCGGUUUCCAUGGCAAAAAUCUUUAGAAGGUGUUAUUAGUUUCUCUGUGACAUACUAUGCUCAAAUGAAUCUUGAGCUUAUAAGUAUAGGUAGUAGUUUUGGUUGUAAAUGAUUAUAUUUGUAUCUCUUAGAAUUUUUGAAAGGACUAAAAAGCUUCUUAAGUUGUCAUUACAAUCUUUAUAAGGAAGGGGCAUAUUUGUCAAAA